CUCUUGGCUUCUUCGUGUGUUUACUUCUUUAUAUUUUGACUCUCCUUAGUGAAAAUCCUGGCUAUGCAACUGCCUUGUAGGAGUAGAAAAUGGUUGUUCGAACGCUGAGUUGGAGACUUAGGUGUUUACUUCUUUGGCAUGUAUCAUAUUCUUGCUCUUAAGUUUAAAAAUCCUGGCUUUGCUACUGCUUUUAUGAAUAGAAAAUGGUUGUUGGACCCAGAAUUUUGGACACUCGCGUGUUUACUUUUUUGGCAUGUAUCAUAUUCUUGCUCUGAGGUUUUACUUCUUGGGCGUAUACCAUGCUCCUGCACAAUCCUUUUUGCAUCAUCUAAUUGCUUAGGCCAACUUGAAACUAACUUUAGUUUCUGUUGAGUUGUGAAAUAUGUUGCUCGGUCUCUGCAAAAAAGUAGACGUACCCAUGUUGGAUCCUUUAAAAAUGCACUACUGUUGGAGAAUCCAACAUGCACCGGUCAUCAUUUUGAAGAGUCCGAGAAACAUAAGCUGCGAUUAUACCUGUGUGUGCAUGCAUGAUUUCUAUAAGCUGUUUCCUGGGUUUGCCUUCCCUUCCAACCCAUGUCUUCCCUUAAUAAAUGAGCACUUUAUCCUGAAAAGUUACACAAGAAAUAGGAUUUGGUCUAGAGCAGUAAUGGCCUCGGUGGUGUCAUCAUCAUCUGCAAUUCUGCAUUGUCAUCUAUGAUUUCUUUAUUCAUGAUGUUGAUAGUUUUGCAAGCAGACUGUUAUUCCCUUCUUGACCCUUUUUCCCUAUUGCAUCUCACAGCUUAGGUUGCAAUAGUUUGGUCAACACUUUAUGUUAAGAUGAUGUAUUCAUCUUUGGGUUUUUAGUUAUGCAUUUACGCAAUCAAGGUUUUGGUAAAAUUCUAUAAUGCCAAAAGUUGUGCCUCCAUCAUGGCCUUUUUGAGGUUUAGGAAUGCAGUGGCUUCACAGGAUUCAUGCUGAAACAUCCUUCUUCACUAGGAAUUUAAGGGGCCUGCUGGCUUUCCAUGACUUACUUAUAAGUCUUCUGUUAUGGAAUAUGAGGUCAAGGAAUCCCUUCAACGUCAUACCAAUUAAUUUUUUAUAAUGGUGGUAUACGGGGCCACAAAGGUCUGCGUACACUCCACCCUCCCUUGACCCCACUUGUGACAACACACUGGGUAUGUCAUUGUUGUUGUUGAUAUACGGGGCCCACUUGUGUGCACCUCAACUAUUCCUCCAAAUACCUGCUACCUACGACCAACACAAGUAUCAUAUAAUUCUGCUCACCGUGGCUUUAGGUAGAUGGAAAGAAGUUACUUAGUGCUUUUUUUUUCUCCCUUGGAUUUGAACCCUGCUCUCCAAGGUUUGCACCGACUUCAUUGACUGCCAAGCCACCCCCUCGGAUGCAGGGCUAUGGCCAAUUCUGCUUUCGUUUUCCAUUUUUGCUAACUUUUCGGAUGCAGGGCUAUGGCCAAUUCUGCUUUCUUUCUUCAUUUUUUCCCAAAAAAAAAAGUUUUCAAUUAGCUGCUUGCUUGGCUUCAAAGCUUUACCAUUCUUCACUAUGGUUAGUUUUCACUUCUUUACUAGAGUUUAUAUAUCCACCUCCCAAGUACUCCCCUUGGACUUAUUUGCUUGCAAGUGACGCUCGCUUAGUACAAUCACCAAGUGCUUUUGUAACAGUUCUGUUUCUGGAUAUAUAUACAGUGUUACCUUAUCGAAAUAAAAAAACAAUCUCCAAGUGCUGCAAAUGCUCUGGUAGCGACAAGCCGUUAACUAGGACUUCCGACAAAACAAGGAUGAUUUUCCUUAAGUAUAUAUUCCAAAGACCUCAUGCAUAAGGGACCAUAUUUGUAAAUCUAAAGGGCAUUAUCCUGAACUACCACCUACGCUGGUCCAAUAUGUAGCCAUCAAACUAAUAGUCCAUCAUAUUCUAUCUGUAUAUGGACACGUAUGUAUUCUAUUUUUAGGUAUUGAUGAGUUGAAUUUAUCAUGGAGCAAGUUUUUUUUUUUUUUUUUUUUUUAAAUAAAAAUAAAAGAGAGGAUUAUUCAUCUUGUUGUUUCUUUUUGCUAGACGGGUGUUUUUUAGCUUUUUGAAUUGGAAGUUUCUAAAUUUGAUGUGAGCUUGGCAUUUGCACAUGUUACAAUACUUACUACAUAAAGGUUGACGUCAACCAAUAGUAGUGCACCACCAUCAUUAUUUGCUGAUAAAAAUAGAUGCGAGCUUGGUGGUUAUGACUUCACUCAUCGAAGGUCUUCCCGAUGCUGUUGCCAUUAGGUGCCUUGCACGGGUUCCAUUCUACCUUCAUCCGAAGUUAGAGCUAGUUUCCCAUUCCUGGAGAGCCGCUAUUCGAAGUACUGAACUAUUUAAAGUGAGACACGAGAUCAACUCGUCCGAAGAAUUUUUAUGCGUAUCCGCAUUUGAACCUGAAAACUUAUGGCAGCUCUAUGAUCCGACGCACGACCUUUGGAUUACUCUCCCUGUUCUUCCCUCAAACAUCAGUCAUUUCGCUCGAUUUAGUGUUGUUUCUACUGCCGGAAAGUUGUUUGUUUUAGGUGGUGGAAGUGAUGCUGUGGAUCCGUUGACGGGCGACCAAGACGGAAUUUUUGCAACUGACGAGGUCUGGUCGUAUAAUCCCGUAACCCGAGCAUGGGGUCUGUGUGCAUCUAUGCUUGUCCCUCGUGCCAUGUUUGCUUGUUGCGUGUUGGAUGGGAAGAUAGUUGUUGCAGGGGGUUUUACUAACCGCAGAAAGUCGAUACACAAUGCGGAAAUCUAUGAUCCUGAGACGGAUGUCUGGGUUCAAUUACCCGAUCUCCAUCAUGCGCACAAUUCCGCAUGUUCGGGAGUAGUUUUUGGCGGUAAAGUUCAUGUCUUGCAUAGAGGUUUGUCGACUAUUCAGGUUUUGGAAAGUUUCAGGCAGGGUUGGAUUGCUCACGAGUAUUCUUGGCUUCAGGGCCCGAUGACUGUCGUUAGGGAAAACCUUUAUGUUAUGAGCAAUUGGUUUAUUCAUAAGCAGGAAGGAGAAUCAAGGAGAGUGAUUGUUUCAGCAUCCGAGUUUCGUAGGAGAAUUGGGUAUGCUUUGAUAGGGCUCGGAGAUGAUAUUUAUAUAGUUGGAGGGGUUAAUGGACCGGAGCACUGGAAUUGUGACAUCAAAGUGCUGCCUGAUGUUGAUGUCUUGACCCUUGGAAGUGAGAGGCCAGUGUGGCGUAAGGUUGCUCCAAUGACGAGGUGCAGAGGUACAAUUCUUGGCUGGACGCUGCUGAGAAUUUAGGACAUGCAUAAUGGGAUGAAGUUCAUCGCGGUGUCCUCAGAUAAAUGCUUGGAACAACGUCUGACACUAAAGGGGCUACAAGUGAACAGGAAAAGUGAAUUGAUAUUUCAGAGUUACUUGGUACCAGUUAUUGGUGGGGGUGGAAAAUAGCUGGUGGAAUUAGUCGAGGUACGUGCAAGCUGGCCCGAACACUAUAGUUAUGAGGAAAAAAAAAAGAGAAUGAAUUGAGAUUUCUAAUGGUGAAUGGAAGCUGAGGGUAAGAUGUUCCUUGCCUCGCCCUUAUCUCCUCUGUCGUAGACUGAAGAUGAUGGGAAUCCUAUUUGAAACGAUUUUUAUGAGUUGUCUCAGCAGUGACUGACUCUAUUUUAUUAGCUAUAUGAUUAGUGGCUUAGCUAUUAGUUGUCUAAAAGUUACGGUAAAUAAAAUCCCGUGCCGGAAUCAGGGAAGAAGUGAGAUAUUCUGUUUUCUUGCACCUUCCUUAUCUAUUGUGUAAAUCCUAUUGCUUUCAGUUGUUGGGUUAUUAGGAGAUUUUAACAUGAUGAAUACAUAUAUUUGCAUUAAGGAGCACUAUAGUGCUUAUAUUUUUGAGUUAUAUUUAGUCCGUGUAAUUUGAGAAUUGAGAUUGAGUUUAAAUGGAGUAAUAUGGUCAGUGACGAUCCA